CUCACAUGGCAGCAGCAGCCCCCUCGUGCUCAUCCAGGGGCCUCCUGGCACGGGCAAGACACAGGCUAUCCUAGGGCUGUUGAGUGUUGUGCUGCAUGGCCGGCCCGCACACGAGAUGGGGGAUGCCGGCAACGGCGCCCAGCACAUCACCCACAUGACACGGCUGACAUGGCAGCAGCGGCAGCAGCAGUGGGUGCAGGCGUCCCCCUGGCUGCACGGGGUGAACCCGCGAGAGGCCGUGCAGCCAGAUGAUGAGGAGGAGGGCGGUGCAGGGAGCUCGGGAGGCAAUGUCUUUGGCAGCACGCAGCAGGUGGAGGUGUUGGGGGGCCAUCGCAAGCAGAGGGCGCACGUGCUCGUGUGCGCUCCCUCCAACGCUGCUCUUGAUGAGAUUGUGCUGCGCCUGCUGCACACAGGGUUGAGGGACGACAUUGGCGGCAUGUACUCGCCAUCGGUGGUGCGCGUGGGGCUCAACGCUCAUCACUCCGUGGCCUCUGUCGCCAUGGACAACCUGGUGUCCCAACGCGCCAGCAGCAUGGCGAGGUCAGCAGCGGGGGUGGGAGCAAAGACAGCAGGGGCAGGCGGGGUGGAGCGAGACAGAAUACGAGUCGCCAUUCUCGACGAGGCUGCCAUUGUGUGUUCGACGCUCGCGUUCGCAGGGUCGGGGGUGUUCUCGCGCAUGUCACGCCCGUUUGACGUGGUGGUCAUUGACGAGGCGGCCCAAGCGGUGGAGCCAUCAACGCUCAUCCCAAUGACACACGGGUGCUCACAGGUCUUCAUGGUGGGCGACCCUCUUCAGCUGCCUGCCACUGUGCUCUCCACGCGUGCCGUGCACUACGGGUACCAUGGCAGCAUGUUCUCUCGCCUGCAGCAGGCGGGGUAUCCGGUGGUUAUGCUCAACACACAGUACCGCAUGCACCCCAUGAUCCGGCACUUCCCCUCGCACGAGUUCUACGGCGGCGCACUGAGGGACGCGCCUCAGAUGGCGCAGAACACGGCGCGGCCGUGGCACGCUGAGCGCGUGUUCGGGCCGCUCUUCUUCUUCGACCUUCACCAGUCCAAGGACGAGCAGCCGCCGGGAGGCUCGUGGAUGAACACGGACGAGGCGGAGUUUGUGAUGGUGCUGUAUCGGCACCUCGUGGCGCUGUACCCUCAACUCAAGGAGUCCUCUGACGUUGGUGUCAUCUCCCCGUACAAGCACCAGGUGAAGCUGCUGCGGGACAAGUUUCGAGAGCUGCUGGGCGAGGCGGCUCACAGAGUGGAUGUCAACACCGUUGAUGGCUUCCAGGGCCGAGAGAAGGAUGUGAUAAUCUUCUCGUGUGUGCGGGCGGGGAGGGGCAAGGGGAAGAGCAUUGGUUUUCUGUCGGACUACCGGCGCAUGAAUGUCGGCAUCACCCGUGCCCGCUCCUCCAUGCUCGUGGUGGCGAAUGCAGCAGCGUUGAUGGUGGACGAGCAUUGGGGCAACCUGGUCAACCAUGCACGCUCCACCAACCGAUACCUCAAGGUGUGCCCUCCUGCUGCCACAUGCUGCCAUGUGCUGCCACAUGCUGCCAUGUGCUGCCACAUGCUGCCAUGUGCUGCCACAUGCUGCCAUGUGCUGCCACAUGCUGCCAUGUGCUGCUACAUGCUGCCAUGUGCUGCCACAUGCUGCCAUGUGCUGCUACAUGCUGCCAAGAACCCAUCUCCCUCAUUCCCCCCGCACCCUGCAGCCCCAUGUUGCCAUGCGCUGCCAAGAGCCCAUCUCCCUCAUCCACCCCCCCCCCUGCAGGUGUCCCGCCCCUUCCACCGCAUCUUUGCCAGUGACCACCUGGAGAAGAUGAGAGCGCUGGCUCAAGCCGAGGACGAGGGGGAGGGGGCAUCAGGAGCGGCAGCAGGGGGAUUAGGAGCACCAGCAGCAGCACCGGCAGCAGCAGGGCCAGCUUUCAAGAAAGCACCCACGUUGGAGGAUUACGGGGGGAAGCUGGACAAGGGGGAUGGGGGGGUGGGUGGGGAGGGGGAUGCGGUAGCGGCGGGAGAAGGGGAGGAGGAGGAAGGGGAGGGGGCGAUGGGAGGGGAGGAGGAGUUAGAGGUAGCGGUGGAGGCGGGGGACUUUGAUGAGGACAACAUUGAUGGGGAAGGGUCAGUUGUUUCGCUGCCCUGCCCUGUCUCCUGCCCCACUGCGUUGCAUCCUGCUUGGUAUCUAGUCUCCUGCAUCUGA